AUGGUCAAUACGGUGAAAGCAGAAAUGGAGACCCUGGUGAGGGAGAAGGGUGUCAACUCGUUCCAGAUGUUCAUGACCUACAAGGACUUGUAUAUGCUUCGGGACAACGAACUGUACCAAGUGUUGCACGCUUGCAAGGAUAUUGGGGCGAUCGCCCGGGUCCAUGCUGAAAAUGGGGAGCUCGUGGCCGAGGGUGCAAAGGAGGCGCUAGAUUUGGGUAUCACAGGCCCAGAAGGAAUUGAGAUCAGCCGUCCAGAGGAGCUGGAAGCAGAAGCCACUCACCGAGUUAUCACCAUUGCAAACAGAACUCACUGUCCCAUCUACCUGGUCAACGUGUCCAGCAUCUCGGCCGGUGACGUUAUUGCAGCUGCUAAGAUGCAAGGGAAGGUCGUGCUGGCCGAGACCACCACCGCGCACGCCACACUGACGGGCUUACACUACUACCACCAGGACUGGUCCCAUGCAGCCGCCUAUGUCACGGUGCCUCCCCUGAGACUGGACACCAACACUUCAACCUACCUCAUGAGCCUGCUGGCCAAUGAUACUCUGAACAUUGUGGCGUCAGAUCACCGGCCUUUCACCACGAAGCAGAAAGCUAUGGGCAAGGAGGACUUCACCAAGAUCCCACACGGCGUGAGCGGCGUACAGGACCGCAUGAGCGUCAUCUGGGAGAGAGGAGUGGUUGGAGGAAAGAUGGAUGAGAACCGUUUUGUGGCUGUCACCAGUUCCAAUGCGGCGAAGAUUCUCAACCUGUAUCCCCGCAAAGGCCGCAUCAUCCCUGGAGCCGAUGCCGACGUGGUGGUGUGGGACCCAGAAGCUACAAAGACCAUCUCAGCCAGCACCCAGGUGCAGGGAGGAGACUUCAACCUGUACGAGAACAUGCGCUGCCAUGGUGUUCCACUGGUCACCAUCAGCCGGGGGCGGGUCGUGUACGAGAACGGCGUCUUCAUGUGCGCUGAGGGCACCGGCAAGUUCUGCCCCUUGAGGUCCUUCCCAGACACUGUCUACAAAAAGCUGGUCCAGAGAGAAAAGACCUUAAAGGUGAGGGGAGUGGACCGCACUCCCUACCUGGGGGAUGUAGCUGUCGUUGUGCAUCCUGGGAAAAAAGAGAUGGGAACGCCACUCGCAGACACUCCUACCCGGCCUGUUACCCGACACGGAGGCAUGAGGGACCUUCAUGAAUCCAGCUUCAGCCUCUCUGGUUCUCAGAUCGAUGACCAUGUUCCAAAGCGAGCCUCAGCUCGGAUCCUUGCUCCCCCCGGAGGCAGGUCAAGUGGCAUCUGGUAA